AGUACACGGCAGCAGAGUCAGUGGAGUCCUCUGGCCCUUGGCGAGUGCUCGGAUUGGAUAUUGAGAAACCAAUCAUCAGAGAGAGAUUAUUGCACAGAAAAUAACUCAGAGACUCUGAAGUCCAGUUCACCAGGUCACACUGGAUCAGAGUAUCAAGAUGGUGAUACUUGCUCUUCUUGCCGUCUUCUGCUUAACCAUUGGAACUCCUGGUGAAGCACAGAUGACUGAUGGAAUUAGACUCAGUGAGCAGGGACUGCCAUCUUCUGACGUCACCACGUUCCUGCGUCAACUGGCAAACACCAAGGAGGAUGGGAUGGACCAACCUGAGCAGAGCACCCCGAAAUCUCGUACCUUCUCUGACAAUGAUCACCUAUUCAUGAAACUAGAUGGCAGUCUGGACAGCAGCACUGCGCCACACGGCAGGGUGAAGAGGCACCGACAUAGCUUGGGGCAAAAUAACUACCUUCGGCAUGGCUCCUGGGGCUGCACCCUCACCACCUGCCAGACACACAACCUGGCCAACUGGUUGUACCAGAUGGCAGCAAACAAGGGCAAGGAUGGCACUGCUCCCAAGAACACAGCGGACCCCCACAGCUAUGGCAAGAAGCGACGGAGAAGAUCCAUCUUCCUCCCGGGCUAUUCAACCAGGUUAGCCCAGUAACAACACCCCGGCUGUCCCCACCCACUCGGUGACAUCCAACUAUGAUGUGCAUCACGGUACUUGCACACCACAUCCUGAAGAACUGAUCUCCUAGGGAAGGCAAGGAACAGGCUUAGACAAAACCCUGUGAAUGCCAUGUGAGAAGAUUUUUCUUUGCCCAGAUACAACAACCAACACCCUCCUCCCUCUCUCUUUGUGUAGUGAAUGAGAGCGAGGGGAGUGGGGAAAUGGCAGGAAUAUUCCAGAACACACUCCAUCUAAUAACUGUUGCAAGAUCUUCUAAAAGAGUAGGUGGAGACAAUAAAUAAAUAAUCAAGCAAGUUACCUGCUCUCUGUAAUUCUCUCUGCUCCAGCCUUACCUACUUUAUGUUUUAUUUAUUAACUGUAUAUUUGUUUCGUACUUGGAGGUUGUCAGGUGUGAGGAAUGGGACCUCUUAUCCAGAGCCCAUCUCAGUACCAGAACUAAGGGGACUGAGAUGAUCAGUUUAGCGUGGCACAGGUGUUGCUACCUGGCUGAGGCACACUGUGUGGUGAAUAGAGGUAAACUUAUGGACCCUCUCCUCUCCAGCACGGUCAAGCUCUUUCUAGUUUGUGUUCAGCUUCUCUGCCUCAUUCCUCCUCCGGGUUCUAUCCAGAAACCAAAGUUGCUGCUAAUUAGGCAGAGUGGGACACUGGACCUCCUGGUUGAACAGCAGUUACUGGCUAAGUGUAUAAAUACAAUGCUUCCAAGUGGACAGGAAUGGAAAUUUUUGACAGCUUGGUCACCAAAUGUCUCCAAAUUAAAGCUAAGAGAUUUAUUUUGUUUGUUGGUCUGAACUCAUAUUCCCCCUUUUAACGAAAGAAGUCAGUUUGUUCUCGGGUUAGUGGAGCAGCUCUGCCCCCAAGUGGUAAUGAUGCGAGUAGCAAGAGAUGAUAAAUUUCCUGACCCUGUGCUGUCGCUCUUUGCACCAGCGGUGGUGGGUCCUCACCAGCCGAUCCUCGUUCUCCAUGAGGAAUGCGGAGGAUCUGGUGAGAUAAUGAAUGCUUGCAAUUUUUUAUGUACCUCGAUUUGUAAGUGCAUGUGUGUAUAUAGGUGUACAUCUACAUAUAUAUGUGUUUGGAUAUGGAUAUGUAACCAAAUGCACCUAUACAUAUAUUUAUAUACAAUGUACAUGGUAUGUAUAUUAUACAUAUGUGUGUAUGUAUAUAAUAUGCAAAGAUAUAUAUAUGUGUAUAAUGCAUCUACUCAUAUAUACAAUAUAUUAUAUGUUAUGCAUAUAUAUUUUGUAUGUAUAUACGUACUGUGUAAUUGGUAUAACACUGGCGUGCACUAAGAAGAGAUGGGCUGAGAACAAGUUACAGAUGUUACAGCUGCACAGAGAUCAGAAUAAGGCCCAUUCCAUGACGUUUCAGCUUCAGUCCUUUCAGUUUUGUCAAAGAUGCCACAUGCAACACAAGACAUUUCCAGCCAAUCUCCCACAGUGGUUGGUAAUUCAAGCAGAGUGACCGUCAGUCUGGCAGAGGGGAUUUGGAGAAGGGAAGUAUUAUUAGUUCAGGCAGUGAGCUUCCCUUGAAUGUUUUAAAAGUAAACAAGGAUUUUUUUCUUAAAUUAUCAACAACAUUUCCUAGCAAUGCACUAAAUACUUUCACUUUAAUACUUGAAACAGGGAGAAGACUUAAAUUAAUGAAUAACUUAACUAAAAUUGCAUUUUGUGUGCAAUGAUGUGCAUAAUGUAAGAGUCAUGUAGAUAGUGUGUUGUACAUUUUUAUAUCACUCAUUAAGGUUUGCUAUUUAAUAAAGUAUAAUCUUUAUGCCAG